AGAGAGAGGUUAAUUGAAAUCAACGGCGUGAUUAUAUAAAGUGCAUGAGAGCUGGUGAGAUAAAUCAAGAAAGAACAAGAGUGGUUCACACUAAAAGAAAGAAGAAGAAAACAGUGAGAGAAAAGUAAAGGCAAGAGCGCUUAGUGAGCUCUUCGUGAUUGUUGAUUUUUAAGUUUUAAUCAAUCCCCCUUCUCUGUAAUGCCCCGCUUCGCUGAAUCCCUUUCUGUUAAUCAUCUGUCUUUCAAGUUGUGAUUUCUGGGUUUGUUUUUCUGAUGAAAGUAGUGUUUAAAAAGCAAACUUAAGAAGGAUUUUAACGAAAGCCAGGUGUUUUCAGAAUCGAGAUCCAGGUUUUUUUUUUCUUAAACGUUUUCAUCUUUCAUUUUCUGUUGAUUUUAAGCUAUUUCUUCUUUUGCUAGCUGAAUCAGCUUGAAGGGUUGUUUUUAAGUUCCCUCAAGGUUGGUUUUUUUUAGGUUCUUGAAUCCAAAGAGGUUGUCUAUUUCUAAACCUCUCUUACUUUCUAUUUUGUAAAGCACAAACCUGUUCUUUAAAUUUAAAUCAAGAACUAGGUUUUUUUUUUCUUCUGAAUUUAUCUUCUUGUCUAUAAUAUCGAGCUUUUCUUUUAGGCAUGGCAGCUACAGUGGAUCUCUACAGUAGCAUAUCGCUUCAAUCAGACCCCUUGGUGGGCGAGUUAAUGGAAGCACUUGAACCUUUUAUGAAAAGUGCUUCCUCACUAGCUACCCCAUCUCCUUCUCAAACCCCUAACUAUCCUCCUUCUCCUUCUUUACCUUCUCUCCCUUCUACUUCUUACGAUUACUUCUUUUCUUUCUCUACACCAUCACAUCUACAGCAACAGCAACAGCAACAGCCCUUUUUGUACCCAGACGUUUGCUGCUCCACAUCGACGGCCUACCCAUUUUCAACUGGGUUCUCGAUUAACGACCCAAUGGGUCUCCAGCAGCCAUCUAGUUCAAUUGGGCUCAACCACCUUACCCCAAACCAGAUCCACCAGAUCCAAACCCAAAUCCACCAAAAUAACAGCCACUCUUACCUGCGAACUUGCCAACAACCGCAAACCCUCAAAUUUUUGUCUCCGAAGCCAGUCCCCAUGAAACAAAUGGGUACACCAUCAAAAUCCACGAAGCUUUACAGAGGAGUAAGGCAAAGGCACUGGGGCAAGUGGGUCGCUGAGAUCCGUUUACCCAAGAAUAGAACCCGUCUCUGGCUCGGCACCUUUGACACAGCAGAGGAGGCGGCUUUGGCUUAUGACAAAGCAGCUUACAAACUCAGAGGCGAAUUUGCGAGGCUUAACUUCCCUAAUCUACGCCACCAAGGGUCCCACAUCGGCGAGUACAAGCCUCUCCAUUCCUCGGUUGAUGCGAAACUCCAAGCUAUUUGCGAGAGCUUGGAGAAUUCUUCGCAGCAGAAACGAGGAAAAGUAGAGAAGCGAAGUAACUCGACCAAGAAGGAAACCAGCUCGGUGGUGGGGACACAGGAGGAGGAGCCGGUGGUCAAGUCUGAGACACCGUCUCCGGUGUUGACGGAGAGUGAUGGGUCGGGUGGAUCUUCGCCCUUGUCUGAUCUGACGUUUCCGGAUUUUGAGGAAGCACCGUUAGAGUUUGACUCGGGGAAUUUUAUGUUGCAGAAGUAUCCUUCUUACGAGAUUGAUUGGGCUUCAAUUUUAUCUUAAAUUUGUCUGUCCUGUAUUAUUGUCUCUCUUUUUUAUUCACUUUUUAGAUUUAGGGAUUUGGUUGCUGCAAUUAAGUUUUUGGCAGUUGCAGCAGGGCCAAAGUAUCAAGCCUGUAGUUGUAGUAGUGUCGGACUCGUAUCAUGUCUGUAGUUAUUUGUGGUAGGUAAAUAAUAUGUUGGAGUCAGGUAAAUCUCCAAGCAUGGUUAGCUGGUCUCCUUUUAUUGCUAGCUCAAUCAUGGAGGAACUUGUAUUUUCUCGUUGGUGUCCGUCCAUACUGGUCAUGAUGUAAUUCAACUUUAUUAUCGCUAUGAAUUUGUUGUACUUGAAAUGUAAUUUUUUUUAUAA